AUGAGCGCUGCCGCGACGCCAGCCGCGUCGGCCCAGAUCCCCCUAGGCUCGUCUGUUCCGCCGCAUACGCCGCACGCUAUCUCUGUGUCGCUACCGUAUUGGGACGAUAAUAUUGGUUAUGAGGAGGGCGAGAAGCGCGUCGUGGACCGCAUGGAGACUGGGUAUCCCCGAUUCUUUAUCCAUCGGUCUGUCCAGAAGCUCGCGGCCCUUUGCCUCGCUAAGUUCGGUAACCCCGACGAGGAACUUUGCAUGCUCUUCCCCUCGCCCAAAGUCGCUGCGGAGGCGCGCGACUUUCUCGCGUCGCGCACGCCUCCGGUGUCCUCCCGUGCUGCCGAAUUCGUCGUGUGUCCCGGUGCGAACGCACUCCCUUCGGCGAAGGAGGCCGUAACCGCUAUCGACUGCCUUGAGCUCCAGAUCAUGCUUUUCGCCAAGGGUGACUGGCCCGCCGCCAAGCAGUUCUGGCAGCACACGGGUGACGGUAUCUCGUCCCGCAUGGCUGAGCGCGCUCUCGCUUUCCUCGGCGAAGCGCCGGCCGGCGCGCAGAAUCCGUCUACGCCCCCUACGCCCCCUACGCCCUCCGGUCCCGCGCGGGGUGGGUACUCCCGUAACCGCCACUACGCGCGUAUGACGAAGGGUGUAAACACGCCCGCGCCCGCAUCCCAAGGCGUCUCGGGACCAGACGCCGAGGUGGCCGACCUCGGAACGUACGUUGAGGAGCGGUAUGGGCGGAACCUCCCACUUUUCAACGCACCGCUCGCCAAGCAGGCCCUCAAGCGCCGCAUUGCUGGUGGCCUUCUCCCCUCCGACGAAGAGUUCGGGCAGGCCGACGCCGAGGUCGCACGCGGUGUGACCCCCGACGACGUCUACCUCUUCCCUGGCGGCAUGAGCGCGAUCUGGCACGCUCACCGCGUCGCAAUGUUGGCGCGGCAGGCAAGCGGCAAGCCCGAAGGCAAGAGCGUCUGCUUUGGCUUCCCGUAUACGGACACGCUCAAGAUCUUGCAGAAGUGGGGUGCAGGGUGUCACUUCCUCGGCCUCGGUGACACGAGUGCUGUCAAGGACCUCGAGGUCCUCCUCGCGGAGAACGACAAGGCCGGCGAGGCCCCGAUCCUCGCUCUCUUCUGCGAGUUCCCAUCCAACCCUCUCAUCCGCUCUCCGGACCUCGCCCGUCUUCGCGCUCUUGCGGAUCAGUACGGCUUUGUCAUCGUCAUCGACGAGACGAUCGGCAACUUCUUAAACGUGGAUGUUCUGCCGUACGCAGACAUGGCGGCGUCGAGUCUCACCAAGAUCUUCAGCGGCGACUCGAACGUCAUGGGCGGUUCGCUCAUUCUCAACCCCAAGAGUUCGCAAUAUGCGGUGCUCAAGGCAGCGUUGGACAAGGACUACGAGGACAACUACUACCCCGAAGAUGCGGUGUACAUGGAGCGUAACAGCCGCGACUACCGCGGCCGCAUCAGACGCGUCAACGACAAUGCCUUCGCCAUUACAGAGUACCUCCACUCGGUAAGCCUCAUGGCCGGUCCUGGCGAGGACAAGGUCAUCAAGCGCGUAUACUACCCGCGCUACGAGACACCCGAGCUGUACGCUGCGUGUGCGCGCACGCCGUCGCACGGGGCGGGUGGCUUCGGUGGCCUCUUCUCCCUCACGUUCACGAGUACGGCCGCCGCGCGCGCGUUCUACGAUACGCUUCCUUGUGCCAAGGGCCCGAGUCUGGGUACGAGCUUUACGCUCGCAUCGCCAUACGCAAUUCUCGCACACUACACCGAGUUGGACUGGGCCGCGCAGUUCGGUGUGGAGCGCGAUCUUGUGCGCAUCAGCAUUGGGCAGGAGGACCUGCCGAAGUUGAGGGGUUGGUUUGAGGCGUCUAUCAAGGCGGCGCAGGCUGCUCAGGCGGCCGAGACCGCGCCGGCGUAG